AUGCGUGCGGGGUGGCUUGUGAUCCUUGGUGUCCUGACCUGGGCCAGGCUCACUGAAGGCGUGCGUUCUCUGGCGAGACUGGACAUCCACCACGGUGAGGGGAAGUGCCAGCAGCAGCUGGACUCCCUGAAGCGGCUCAUCGCAAGGGCAUGCGAGGAGGACUUCCAGCGCCAUGCGACGGUCUCGGAGGGCGGCUGCGAUGCUGAGGCCGAGGGCGUGGUGAGCCAGGGCGACUAUGAGAUCUGGAGCAAGAGGUUGGUGGUCUGCCGGAAGGAGAAGAGGCGGAUCAUUCUCUGGAGCGGCUUGGGCAGCGAAGUGGAGCGCGAAGACGUCCUGUGGCCGCUGCGGAGCAAUGGUCGCGGCUGCAUCAUCCACAGUCGGAGGGAGCCUGACACAAAGCUUGGGGAGAUCCUCAACGACCCCCAGGUGAACGUGCUGGAGGCUUGCCCCUGGAGCGCAGUGAAGCCUUUCUGGGACGGUGCUUCUCGAGCCUUUGCAAGCAGCUGGGCAGCUCGCGGUGGCGCGGAGAACUACAGCAUCGUCCUGGGCCACGACACUAUCGGAAGGAUCUUCGAUACUAUUCUGUACAAGGCAGAACUGAAAGCCCUUGCCGAGUCGGCUCAGGAAGGGCUGCGGGUGGACGUGCUCUUCACCGCAGCCAUGAGCCUCGACGAGCAAGCCGUGCUGAGCAGCAUCUUGUACCAUCGCACUCGGCUGCUCUCCCCGAUGAGAGAGGAGGAGUUCGACGCCACAACCUGGCAGUACGGAGGCUGCCCAAAGGACGAACUGGCCUCCUGCGUCCCGAAGCAUCUGCUCGAGCCCAGCAGUACCCGGCUCCAGCGCCUGAUAGACAAAGCAGAAGAAGCAGAAGCCCAGUAUGGCGGCGUGGCACGCAAAGCUGAGCGCCCAACAGCAAGCGUGGCCGACGGCCGGUGUCAACAGCAGCUGGAUGCAUUGACGGCUUUGAUGACAGAGACGUGCCAGGAGGACGCAAAGAGAGGUUCGCCGGUGUCGGUGGGUGGCUGCCAGGCGGAGGCUGAAGGCGUCGUGAACUUUGGGGAUUUCGAGGUCUGGUCAAAGAGCCUGGUGGCUUGUGGCAAGGACAAGCAGUGGUUGCUCCUGUGGAGCGGCUUCAAGGAAGAGGAGCGCGAGGAAGUUCUGCGGCCGCUAAGAAGGCAGGGUGGCUGCGUGCUUCAGACAAAGGCGCCAGAAGACACCACUCUUGCGAAGCUCCUCAACGAUGAGAGGGUCAAAGUCUUGCAGGAUUGUCCCUGGAAGGUGACGAAACCGUUCUGGGAUGGCGCUUCACGCAACUUUGCCGGCAUGUGGGCGUCUCGAGGUAGGGACUAUUCCGUGCGGACCGAAGUCAUGGUUGCCAUGGGUUACCACAGCGACCCAGGGCGCACCCACAAGACCAUAUUCAACACAGUGUUUUACAGAUCGGAGUUGAAGGCAUUGGCCCAGGCGAGCCGCGGAGCAUUGGCAGUAUGGCUUGUCUUCAGCAGCCCUGGAAUGAAGGGUGGGGAGAUGGAGUCUGCGACUGCAGUGGCCUUCGAGCGGGCGCGGCUUCUCUCGCCUCUCGGUGAAGCCUUUAAGCAGGAGGCGAUGUGGGAGUACUAUGGUUGCAGCGACAAAAAGACAGAACUCCGCUUCUGUGACUACUUUGGGGUUUUCGAACCUGACUCUCACUCGGCCACUGUCAACUUGGGCGUUAUGUACUCGAAAGGCUUGGGCGUGCGGCAGGACUACGGCAAAGCCGUGGAGCUCUUCCAGAGUUCUGCUGACCUUGGCAACUCCAAAGCCAUGUUCAACUUGGGUCUAAUGUACUUUCACGGCGCUGGUGUCCAGAAGAGGAUCACCAAAGCAGUGGAGCUUUACGAGGAGGCCGCCGGGCUUGGCAACUGCGAGGCCAUGUUCAACUUGGGCUACAUGUACUAUCGCGGCAUUGGCGUCCAGAAGAACCACAGCAAGACGGUCGAGCUGUUACAGAAGGCUGCAGAACUGGAGUACGCAGAUGCCAUGUUCCACCUGGGAAAGAUGUAUCACUUUGGCGAUGGCGUUGAGCAGAACAACAGCAAAGCGGCACAGCUCUACAGCAAGGCCGCGGACCUUGGUAAUGCCGAUGCCUUUGUAAACCUUGGAGAUAUGUAUUACGAUGGUGCAGGCGUCGAACAGAACUACAGCAAAGCGGCACAGCUCUACGGCAAGGCUGCGGAUCUUGGCAAUGCCGAUGCCAUGUUCAACUUUGGAAACAUGUAUCACUUUGGCGAAGGCGUCGAACAUAACGACAGCAAAGCAGCACAGCUCUACAGCAAGGCCGCGGACCUUGGUGACGCUGAUGCCUUUGCAAACCUGGCAAAAAUGUUUUACGUUGGUGCAGGCGUCGAGCAGAACUACAGCAAAGCGGCACAGCUCUACGGCAAGGCUGCGGAUCUUGGCAAUGCCGAUGCCAUGUUCAACCUUGGACGUAUGCAUUACUUGGGUGAAGGCGUCCAGCAGAACUACACCAAGGCGGCUGAGUGGUUGCAGGAGGCAGCGGACUUUGGAAACGCCGAUUCGAUGUUCACGCUGGGCAGCAUGUGUUAUGAUGGCCUCGGGUUCCAGGUGAACCACACCAAAGCAGCCGAGUUUUGCCAGAGGGCGGCAGACAUUGGCCAUGUGCAGGCCAUGCUCACUUUGGGAAGGAUGUAUCACGAAGGUGAUGGGGUGCAGGCAGACUAUGCCAAAUCUGCGGAGCUCUUCCGCAAGGCGGAAGCCCUGCAAAGCCUCGAGUAG